AUGAUCGCUCCCUCUGGUUCCGGCUUCUCUGUGGCUCCGGCUUACCUGUGGCUCCGGCUUAUCUGUGGCUCCGGCUUAUCUGUGUCUCCGGCUUACCUGUGGUUCCGGCUUAUCUGUGGCUCCGGCUUACCUGUGGCUUCGGCUUAUCUGUGGCUCCGGCUUACCUGUGGUUCCGGCUUACCUGUGGCUCCGGCUUAUCUGUGGGAGCCACGGUUUAUCUGUGGCUCCGGCUUACCUGUGGCUCCGGCUUAUCUGUGGCUCCGGCUUAUCUGUGGCUCCGGCUUAUCUGUGGCUCCGGCUUAUCUGUGGCUCCGGCUUAUCUGUGGCUCCGGCUUAUCUGUGGCUCCGGCUUAUCUGUGGCUCCGGCUUAUCUGUGGCUCCGGCUUAUCUGUGGCUCCGGCUUAUCUGUGGCCCCGGCUUAUCUGUGGCUCCGGCUUAUCUGUGGCUCCGGCUUAUCUGUGGCUCCGGCUUAUCUGUGGCUCCGGCUUAUCUGUGGCUCCGGCUUAUCUGUGGCUCCGGCUUAUCUGUGGCUCCGGCUUAUCUGUGGAAGCCACGGUUUAUCUGUGGCUCCGGCUUACCUGUGUCUCCGGCUUAUCUGUGGCUCCGGCUUAUCUGUGGCUCCGGCUUAUCUGUGGCUCCGGCUUAUCUGUGGCUCCGGCUUAUCUGUGGCUCCGGCUUAUCUGUGGCCCCGGCUUAUCUGUGGCCCCGGCUUAUCUGUGGCUCCGGCUUAUCUGUGUCUCCGGCUUAUCUGUGGCUCUAGCUUAUCUGUGGCUCUGGCUUAUCUGUGGCUCUGGCUUAUCUGUGGCUCUGGCUUAUCUGUGGCUCUGGCUUAUCUGUGGCUCCGGCUUAUCUGUGGCUCCGGCUUAUCUGUGGCUUCGGCUUAUCUGUGGCUCCGGCUUAUCUGUGGCUCCGGCUUAUCUGUGGCUCCGGCUUACCUGUGGCUCCGGCUUAUCUGUGUCUCCGGCUUACCUGUGGUUCCGGCUUAUCUGUGGCUCCGGCGUCGAUGCGUUGUGA